GCAAAAAAUUCGAACCCUUAUUGCUUGUACCGAUUGCAUUUGGUGUAUUGUUGGCCAAUUUUCCAGGUGGGAAUAUGGGUGUCAUCCCUUCUGACGAAACCAAUGGCAUCAUGUAUCUCACCAUAAUUCAAAUAGCAAAUGAAUAUGGUAUCAUGAAUAUGCUGUACUAUCUUUUGAUCAAAACAGGCUUAUUGCCACCAUUAAUAUUUAUGGGUGUAGGCGCUCUUAUUGAUUUUGGGCCGAUGCUUAGGAAUCUUCGUUUAGCGUAUUUUGGGGCAGCUGCACAAAUAGGGAUCUUUACCGUAUUGAUGGCUGCUACGGCAUUAGGAUUUACACUUAAAGAGUCUGCUGCCCUAGGUAUUAUUGGUGGUGCUGAUGGCCCUACAGCCAUUUACACAGCUAUCGUUUUGGCUCCACAUUUAUUAGGUCCUAUUGCAAUUGCUGCUUAUUCCUAUAUGGCUUUGGUUCCUGUGAUUAUUCCUUUGGUUGCAAACCUAACCAUGUCUGAGAAUGAAUUUAGAAUCAAUAUGAAGGAACAAGAUAAAUUGUAUCCACCUACGCAAGUUUUUAAAAAUCUUAAACUUUUAAAAAUAGUUUUUCCCAUCGUCUUGUGUAUAAUUGUCUCUUUGCUAGUGCCAUCCGCAGUACCACUCGUUGGGAUGCUGUUGUUUGGUAAUUUGGUCAAAGAGAUCGGCACAGACACACAUAGACUUUUUUCGGCAGCAUCGGAAACUAUUCUAAAUACAGCCACCAUAUUUUUGGGUUUGACAGUAGGAGCGACAAUGACGUCAGCGACAUUUCUACAGUCACAAACUUUGAUGAUAAUCGUUGUCGCAGGUGGAAUUUAUGCCGUUAAACUGUACAAUAUCUUUGCAAAGAAAAAAAUUAAUCCAUUGAUCGGUGCAACAGGGCUGAGUGCAGUCCCGAUGUCUUCUAGAGUAGCAAAUGAAAUGGCGCUCAAAUAUGAUCCGACCAAUCAUAUUCUCCAAUAUGCUAUGUCGAGCAAUAUCUCAGGCGUUAUAGUUUUUUGUGGCUCAUCUAGGGGGAAUGGCGAUUCCUUUAUGGAAGGUGCCAUAACAAUGGCGGAGUUUCUCGCAGAUCGUGGUGUAGCUAUCGUAUACGGUGGUGCCAAAGUAGGUCUCAUGGGAGCUGUGGCAGAUGCAGCACUUCGCAAAAAUGGAAAGGUCAUCGGUGUUAUACCUGAUUUUAUAAAA